GCCGCGUGUAAUAAUGAUGAAGCGGACAAAACAUAUACCCUCCGGAUGAUACAGACAUGUCAACGAAGAGGCCCCUUGAAGCCUCUUAUACUAAGUAGUAGUUUCUUCCUUACAGAGUAAAGACUAAAGAGUAAACCUUUGGAAUCCAUUUUACUAAACCUCAGGGGUACAAAACAUAAUUACCAAUAAAACUUGUACUCAAUUGCAACUUCCGUGAACAGCCGGUUAUACGAUAAUUGACCGGUGCAAACUACCAGUUCGGUGCACCAACUCCAUAGCCAAGCACAUUGAUUAUCGAGCGAGGACGAAGAAAGAAGAGACUGUUGCUGCUUUCAGUGUCUACCAGGAAAACCGUCGGUUCUUCGUUUUAUUCCUUCGCAAUUUCGUCCUCACAGUCCUUCUCUGGCUCUUCAGUUUGGGUUAAUUUGUUUUUAGAGUUUUAGCACAAUUAGAUUGGAGCAACAGUUUGCUGAAGCUGCAAAUAUCGCUUGUUGCAGGAGUCGUGGAGGAGGAAUUGAGAUCAGAACCCAGAAUAGCACAUGGAUCAGAAUCUCCUGCAAGAUGCCAAAGAACAUCCCAGUAACAGUUAUAUGCCCCCGAAAGAUGCGGAAAACAAUCAGUUGGGAAUCUUUGACAGACCUCUUCCUUGCUUUGGUUGUGGAAUAGGAUGGUUUUCCCUGCUACUUGGUUUUGUAUUCCCAUUCAUGUGGUAUUAUGCAACAAUUCUUUACUUUGGGAAUUACUACCAGAAAGAUCCGAGGGAGCGAGCAGGGCUAGCUGCCAAUGCAAUAGCUGCUCUGAUAUUUACUGUAGCAGCUCUAGUUGCAGUUGCCGUGGUUCUUUUGUAGUCAUCUUGUGCUAUGCUCUUAUUCUGUUAGCUGAUAUCCAUAAUCCAGAGAACUAAGAGAUGACUCCCCUAUGGAGUUUGUAGCUUCACCAGAGCACGCAUACAGAAAGGUGACACCUACUGGAACAAUGCUGCAGGCCAUAUGGGGAAUGGGAAAUAGCCAUUACCAAGGCUAUGAAUAUGUAAAGAUAUGUAAUACUAAUGUCCAUUUGUUGUGCUGUCUAUUAGACGAUAAUAUGACUUAGUCCUGUAAUAUUUUGGUGCAUCGAUUAAUUUUAUACACGCGGAACCAAAACAGAUCGUUUUUCAGUUGCUCAUGGACCCAUCAUGUGUAUAUAAUUUUUCAUUACUACCUU